UGUGCAGACGAUUCUGUAUAUGAUUGUACCCAUGGUUUAAUGUAAAAGUGUGUGUUUUAUACCUGUAUUUUAUAUUCAUUUGAUGUGAUUCCUAAUUCCCAGCGAAAAAGAAAUGUCACUAAACUUCGGCAGACACCUGCCUGCUGUGGGGGUUGGUUUUUUGAUCGGUGCUAGUGCCGCCUUGGUAGUCGAUCGUGUUGUUUUGACUGGGCAUUUGAACCGCAUUCGAAUAUCUAUUGAUGAGCUAAGACGAGAAUGGUUGCAAAUGAAAGAUAAGUUGGAUACAGGUACUAGAAAACGACGCACUAGAAUUAGUAGAGAUAGCACAGACGGCUCGGAAUAUUUCUCCGCUCAUCCGAGCAGUGGGGAAGAGGAGGAAGACUUCGAAGAAGCAUUGGAUUGGUACACCACACCACCUCAAGCACUACUGUACAAGGAUGCCAGGGAAAGCUUUGAAAAUGAGGAAGAUGAAACUCUCAAAGCUUUGUUUGAAGAAGUAGAUAUAUUAUAUAGAAGUACAGAUGAUGAUAAAUACAGAGCUUUUGAACUAUUGAAAGAAAAGUUUCCACUGGUAGGAAAAGACCAUGCAUUUGCUGCCAUUACUUUGGAUGAUAAUUGUCCUGAUGCUCACAAAUGGUAUGCAUUAUGUGUUGGAAGUAGUGGACAGUAUGAAUCUACUCAACAAAGAAUUACAAAUGGAUUCCUCUAUAAGGAACAUAUAGAGAAAGCAAUCAGGCUACGACCUACUGAAGCAUCACUGAGACAUUUCUUAGGAAGGUGGUGCUAUGAAGUUGCACAACUAAGUUGGUUGGAGAGAAAGGCUGCUUCAGCACUGUAUGCCACUCCACCAUCAGCUACAGUGGAUGAAGCGUUAGAGCAUUUUCUUAAAGCUGAGAGUUUACAGCCUGGUUUCUGGAAAACCAAUACUCUAUUUAUUGCAAGGUGUUACAUUCAGAAAGCUUCCUAUGUCUAUGCAAGAACAUGGCUGGAAAAGUGUUUGGAAAUGCCAUAUGAAAACACAGAGGAGGAAUUAGCACAUGAAGAAGCAAACAAACUACUUACAAAGUACAGAGACUAUUAAUCAUGUUUACAGUGAAUUUAAUGCUGCCAUUAUGUAUGUAAAUAUCAGGUAUUUGAAGAUGCAAUGUUGAAAAGAGUUUUAAUAUGUUUAGUUCCCUGAAAGUAUGGUCAUAUGUGAUCGGUCUGUUUUUUUCUGUAAUAUGACAUAUUCCUUAUUGAGUGGUCAGUGUUUUUAGCAUCCCCU